AUGUAUGGCCGGUCAGGCUGCAGGAGGGUGCUGCAGAGUCAGGCGAGAGCGUCUGCAAGCUCCAGUGCUCGACAGUGGAGGCCUAGACAGGCGAGAGAGGGGGCCGAUGCUCCGAUGAGCGAGUGCCAGCGACGGUCGAUCUUUGGCAUCUCCCUCUUUGGCAAGAAGGCAGUGCCCGCAAAUCCCGAGCCUGAGCUGCCUCCCAUCCUACUCGAGCAGGACAACCUCUUCCAUCGACUGUCGGAGUCUCCCAUUCCUGCCAUGAGGGAAAGAGCCAAGCGGAUCAAGUCACUCGCACUCUGUCCUGUCAACUUGGACAAGGGCAUACGCAAGCACGUCGACUUUGAGUGCACCUACUGUGGCUUCCCCACUCAUGCCACUCGCGAGGACUGGGAGUCAGACAAGGAGCAUGUCAGGUACUGGCCCAGGUUGAGAGAGGCCAACAUGGACGAGCACGAUCGGAGGUCAGGCAGACAGAUGACCGAGUUUGACUUGCCAGGCGAUCAGCCGUAUGAGGAAGCAGUCAGCAUGUCCAACUGGGACGUCUUCUUCUACACCAGAGGCUUUGCCUCCAUCGAGACCGAGCGCCAACGCCGUCACGUCAGCAAACUGCUCACCUAUCCCAUCUCCAUCGCCGGCGUCUUGCACGAGAACAGCCCCUACAGACGGAGGAACCAGAGACUCACCCCAGAGGGACAACGAUCGAUGAUCGCCCUCAGACAGACCCUCCACCCUGCACUCGGCUCGACGCCUUCGACCAUCAAGGCCGGCCUGCUGCAACAGCCUUUCCGGAUCAUCAUCAUCGGGUCGCGCGCAGAGUCAUGCCUACCCGGCGUCGUCUACGAGCAGCUGACCUGUCUCUUCCCGAGCGUGCCGUUCCAUAUCAUCCAUGUCGGCCCAGAAGUCAUCUUUCCGCCCGCCAGCUCUCUGGGCAACAGAGGCGUCAGGCAGCCUGAACAAUAUGGCGCGAGAAGCCAGUCGACAGCAGUCUCUGACAACUUGACCAUCACGCUCAUCGAGGCGCCCUACGAGAGGAUACACCAAGCCCUGGAGCCUUUCGAUCCCUACCACGAUGUCUUCUUCUCCUUCUCGCCCGGCUUUGGCUUCCCAGACGAACGUUCGGGCGCCUUCCUGUCAGCCGCAAAGGCAGAGGCAGGAACGAUAUACCAGCCCCAAGUACAGGCCCAGACGAACUGGCACGAAGCACUCUUGCAGAUCUUGGAGACCAAAUGCGCUCUAUUCUGCACGGGCUUCUCACCCAAGGACGUCGACAGAGACGUCGUCGCUCUCGAAACAACAGAGGACAUCAAAGGCGAGUUUGACUGGGUGCUCACUCCCGGUGAGAAUGCGUUCGGCAGUGAAGCCUGGGAAGUCGCGGAAUGGGAUCCUCGCGUCUGCGUCAAGACAAACGGCGGCGGCGUGUAUGGCAUUCGCGGCAAGCGUUACGAUGUAAGAGGAAAGUCUACUGGCAUUUUCGAAUAA